AAACCCUCCUACACAUAUGGAAGCAGCAGACCGAUACACAACAAUGGCGUCAAAAAACCCAGGGCUUCUCCUAGUGCGGCAAUUGCUUGCCAAUCGCAGCAACCUCUGCGCUGCUCUUCUUCCUCACCAUAACAACCUCCCUUCCUAUUCAAUCCGAAUCCUCUCUUCAUUCUCAAACCCCCAAUCUUCACCAAACCCAACUCCUCCUCCCAACCCAAAACCCUUCUCCAAUUUCUCACCCUUUCGAUCCUUCUCAUCUUCCCCAGCUGCCCCCUCAAACGUUAUAACCAUCAAGUCUGAGGAUGAGUUGAACAGCGCACUCAGCAAAGCUGAAGGUGAUUCUCUGCCAGCGAUGUUUUACUUCACUGCAGUGUGGUGUGGUCCUUGCAGGUUCAUAGCUCCUGUAAUUGGGGAGUUGAGUGAGAAAUACCCACAUGUGACCACAUUUAAGAUUGACAUUGAUCAGGAGGGCCUUGGAAGCGCAUUGGGCAAGUUGAAUAUUUCCUCUGUGCCAACAUUCCACUUCUUUCAGAAUGGAGAAAAGGCAGAUGAAUUUGUUGGUGCUGAUGCUACACGCUUGAAAGAUACCUAUGCAAAGCUAUACAAGCCGGACUUGUGAACAUAGAGAGAAGCAAAACAAGGCGAGUUUAAGUGGAGCUGCCCGCAUAAGAUGUAAUAUGAAAGCACUGUACAAGAAGCUGAUAACAAGCCUCUUCUCCACAUUGGCUUGUCUUUGUUGACCCACCAGGAUUUUAGUGUGUUAAAUCUUGAAACCAUAUGAAUUCUGAACCUGUACAAUGGAUUUUUUUAUUUUUUAUUUUUUUUAUUUGAGAAUAAAUGCUUUAGAAUCUAAACAUGGUAUCUAAGUUUGAAAGACAAUAGUCUUCUCGGCCCAUACUUGGGGCCUUGGGGCUCUCUCUCAUUAAUUGAUGAUUUGUUAUUAU